UCCGUCCUAGCGGGAUUCCAGUCUUGGGGAGUUUCCAAUGGCGUAUCAUUCAAAGGUCCGUAUUGGUGAGAAGCAGCACUCGUGUGAAACUUGUUCGAAGGCAUUUCCUCGUGUUUCAGAACUUAAGAGGCAUGAAUGAGUGCACACUGUUGAGAAACCAUAUUCUUGCGAACAUUGUUUAAAGACAUUCACUCGAUCUUCAUAUUUAAUUUCACACAUGAGAGUUCAUUCCAGUGAAAGGCCUUAUUCUUGUGGAGAUUGUUCAAAGACAUUUUCCAACCUUUCAAACUUAAGAGUACAUUUGAGAAUCCACACUGACGAGAAGCCCUAUUCGUGUGAAGUUUGUUCAAAAGCAUUUUAUUCGAGUUCACACUUAAAGGAACAUUCGAAAGUCCAUACUGGUGAGAAACCUUAUAAGUGCGAAAAUUGUUCUAAGUCAUUCACUCAACUUUCACAUUUGAAGCAGCACAUUAGAACUCAUGCUGACGAAAAGCCUUACUCGUGUGAAGUUUGUUCAAAAGCAUUUUCUACGAGUUCAAACUUAAAGCAACAUUCGAGAGUCCAUACUGGGGAGAAACCUUAUAAGUGCGAACAUUGUUCUAAGUCAUUCACUCAACCUUCAAACUUAAAGCAGCACGUAAGAACUCAUGCUGACGAGAAGUCUCAUUCGUGUGAAGUUUGUUCAAAAGCAUUUUCUUCAAGUUCAAACUUAAAGAUACAUUUGAGAGUCCAUACUGGUGAGAAACCUUAUAAAUGCGAACAUUGUUCUAAGGCAUUCACUCGACCUUCAAACUUCAAGCAGCACAUAAAAACUCAUGCUGAUGAAAAGCUUCAUCCGUGUGAAGUUUGUUCAAAAGCAUUUUCUUCAAGUUCAAACUUAAAGAUACAUUUAAGAGUCCAUACUGGUGAGAGACCUUACAAGUGUGAACAUUGUUCUAAGUCAUUCACUCGACCUUCAAGUUUAAAGCAGCACAUAAGAGCUCAUGCUGACGAGAAGCCUCAUUCGUGUGAACACUAUUCUGGAUUGCGUGACAGUGUACUUCAAAGUGUAACAUCAGUUUCAUCUCAAACAACACCAACACCAUCCUCUGCACGUACAUCCAGGGAAGUUUAUGACAUCAAGAUUUCAAGCAAUUAG